AUGUCUUCUCUUUUUACUACUACUUCUUUCGAUAAUUACUCAGAUAAAACCUCAAACUACAACCCUCUAAAAGGAAAAUAAGGAAUCGGAUUAGGUUUUUAUAGCUUUUGGUUUAGAAUGACUUGCUCCGAACACAAUAAUGGAUAUUCAACUAGAUUAGUAGAAUUAACUCCCAGUCUUCAAAAUUCAGUUAGAGUAAACCUUGACCUAUUUAGAAACUCUACUGGUUGCUUCUUGAUCUUUAUUAAAGGCUAUUAAGCACUAAGCGAAAUUGCUAUUAAUGAUAAUUGGUACAAUGCAAUGGUAGGUUUUGGAAGUACAAAUACUACAUGGACAUAUAAAGUAAAUAAUUUUGUUACUAGCCUAUCUCUAGGCUAAGCUUAUAACCACUCUGAUCAAAUUGCAAUUUCUACCUAUAAUUACAUGUUGCCUGGAAAGUUUGUUCGAAUGAGCGAGAUUUCCUUUUGGUUUGUUAAUCAUAUGACUACAAAUAUGCAGGAUUUUUUUGAUAGAUACUAUGGUAUAUCUCAAGAAUAUGGCACCUCAUAAGACACGUCUUUUUUAUAAGAUUUUUAUCCAACUUUAAAUGAUGGAAAUUCAACUGCAUCAUGGAAAUCUUAAAUAGGAGGUAAAUUUGCUACAAGUUCGAGAUCUAUCAAUCUUAAAUGGGUGAAUGAGACAACUUAGGCAAAAGUACUUUGUCCUCCUGGAUUUAGGAAUAAUCAUAAUCCCACAACAUCGAAAUCUAAUUGUAUUUAAUGUACUAACCCAUGUUUUGAAUGUGCUUAAUAAUCCUCUACUAGAUGCUUAUCAUGCGAUAAUGGCUUCAAUUGGUAUGACUACUCUUGUCUUGCUAAAUAAUGCCCGGCAGGAUAGUAUUUAAAUUAUACAACAAGAAAAUGUGAAAAUUGUAUUUCCCCUUGUAGUACCUGCCUCAAUUCUACAGCCUGCACAUUUUGUCCUUCCACACAUAACUUGAUUGAUGAUGGAUCAUAAAAAUGCCUGUUAGCUACAUCUGGUUGCCCAGUGGGAACUUAUAAGGACAAAGAUGGAUUGCGAGUUUGUAGAAAAUGCCCAAUUGGCUGUACUUCUUGUGACUCACAAGGCACAUGUACAGCAUGCACAACAAAUAAGAUACUUUCUAAUGGAACUUGUGUAAAUAAUUACUGCACAGAUGGCACCUAUUUCGAUACAAUUACUUAACAAUGCUUAUUGUGUGAUACUGGGUGUUCUGCAUGCUCACCUAUAUAGUGCUUUUAGUGCUUAGAGGGAUAUUAUUACAAUGGAAUCAAAUGUGUGGUCGCUUCAUAAUGCCCUGCUGCUACAUACGGAGAUGAUAAAUCCAGAUCAUGCAUGAAAUGCUAACCAGACUGCUUGACUUGCAAAACCAACAACUACACUUGCACUUCCUGUGAUAGUGAUACAUUCUUACUAGAUAGCAAAUGCAUAACAAAAUGCCCUCUAGUUGGCUAUUUCCACAAUUCAACUGUCAGAGAAUGCUAGCCCUGCUAAAUUGGCUGUGAACUUUGUAUAAAUAAUGCUUCAGAUUGUGUGUCUUGCAAAUAAGGGUUUCUCUCCAAUGGAAGAACCUGCUCAGACAAAUGUCCGAAUCAAUAUUAUUCCACAGCAUCUGGCUUUUGCUAUCCUUGUGAUCCUGCUUGCAAAGUAUGCACUGGAUCCUAAAAUACAUAAUGCUCUGCCUGCAGUGUUGACAAUUAUUUAAUGGGCACUACUUGUGAUUAGUUGUGUCCAGCACAAUAUUUUGCUGAGAUAGCAACUUUAACUUGCUAAUCAUGUAAAUAUUACUGUGAAAGUUGUACUGCUAAAGAUACUUGCAAUAAAUGCAUGACAGGAUUUGUCCCAACAACAGAUAAAAUUAAUUGUACUGGAGAAUAUGUUUUGAGAGUUGAUUAGGAUUAGAGACUAAGCCUCCCAAUAAAUAAUGACUAGCUUCCAUCUUCAUUAGAUCCUAAUGAAAUGACAGUUGAAAUCUGGUUAAAGGCAGACAAUCUAUUGAAUGACUAGACAUAAAUCAUCAUAGGAAUGAGUCCUUAUAAAAUUCGAAAACUUCCUUCAGUAGGAAGAUUGCAACUAAAUUACCAAGGAAUCCUAAUGUAUUGUGAAAAUACAGAUAUCUAGUUAAGUAAUGGUUAAUGGCAUCAUUUCGCUUUUACUCUAUCUGAAAAUACCUUAUCCUUGAAAUGCUAUAUUAAUGGCUAAUCGUAUAGUACUGGUACAAUGGCGUCAGUAUUGAUCGCUAAAAAUGUAACUAGGCCUACUGAAUUAACUCUUGGAGGGACUACUAUUCCAAAAGGAAAUGAGAAUAAUUUCGAUGGAUAUCUUCGAGAAUUCAGAUAUUGGAAAAUCGCAAGGUCAGAAUUUUAAAUACAGUAUUUUAGAAGCGUAGAUGCAGUUAUUUAUUCCUCCGACAUGUUUGCCUAUUGGAAAUUGAAUGAAGUUAAUAACGGAACCGAAACAAAAUUGUAUGAUUAUUCAAGUCCUGGAACAAAUAAAGUAGAUCCAACUAGUUAACCCUUAGCGGGGUCGGUGCAAAAUAUAAUGGAAAUGAGAGAAAGAUUGAUUAUAAUCUGUCCUUAAGGCAAAUAUGCCUAUUAUAGUGAAAAAAUAGGCUAUUAAUAAUGUUUUCCCUGUCAUUCUAAUUGCAAAAAUUGCAAAGGACCCACCAUAAAUGACUGCGUUGAAUGUAAUGCUCCUUUAAAAUUAGUUGAGCAAAAGUUUACAUGCGAAUUAAUAUAAGAUUGCCCUUAAGGGGCUUAUAUGGAUCCGAUAAAUGGACUAUGCUAUCCUUGUAAUGAAUUUUGCAUAAGCUGCUCAGGCACUCCAAAUAAUUGCCCAACCUGUAAGUCUACUGCUUUUAGACAGUUUUAAGGCUCUGGUUGUGUUGAAUCAUGCCCAAUUGGGAUGUAUGGAAAAAUAGCAAACUAACUUUGCUAUUUUAAUCCUAUUGUCUAAUAUAUAAGUCCCUCAGAUAAUUCGAUUUUCGAGCAUGGAGAUUUCAUAGAAUUAAAUGCAAGAUUUAAGCUUUUAAACAAUGAGGCAUAAGAACAUUUGAAUUUAGGUUGGAAAGUUAUCAGGAAUCCUGGUUCUGUAGAUGUCUCCCAGGAUAUCAUUAAAACAUUCUAUAACACAAAUAUAACACGAGUUCAUUUGGAUAAUAAUGUACUGUAACCAAAUUUCUAUUAUACUCUUACGUUCUAUGUUUAAGGUAAGGAGGAAUACUACAGUAAUAUGGACUCAUUUCUGACUCAUUAAAUUUAUGUUGGUGCCCCUCCAAAGAGUGGAAAAUGCCAAGUAAGUCCUUUACUAGGUAUCUCGACAGUAACUCAAUUUACGAUAAAAUAAUUAGCUUGGCAAGACAAUGAGCCAUUAAUAAGGUAUGAAUUCUACUACUCUAUGGAUGGAGGUGAAAUAUUCAUUCCUAUAGAGUCUUCUGAUUAUAAAAAUGCAACUCUCAGCUACAUUUUUGCAUCAACUUAUGAUAAGUUUAUAGAUGUCAAAAUAAAAUGUAAGGCUAUAAACGCCUAAGGAUUCUCUAACACUGCAAUGACUUCAAUUUCACUAGAAAAGAAAUCAAAUGCUGACGCACUUAAAGAUUUAGAAAAGCUAAAAACAGAUUCACUAGAAUCUGAGAUAGAAUUUCUAUAGAUGGCACAUCAAAUUAAUCUGAUUUCAAAAUAUCUUGGGAAUCUUGAUGAAUAAGAUAAUACUAUAUUUGACCCAAAACUAAAUUCAGGCUCAUGCUAAGAUUCUCUAUGCAACAACAACGGGAAUUGUGUUUAUCUAGAUUUCUAGAAAAAAUACUACUGCAAUUGCACAGAACCAUAUGGUGGAGUCAACUGCACUUUUUCUAAUACUUCAUAAAUUACAAUGAUCAAAAGUAUUUCAGAGUUGCUGUUACUUGGAUAUAACUCAGUCCCAGAUAAAGUUUUUGAGUUUGAAUUCUUAAAGCUUACAACUGAAUACAAAGAAAUGAUCAGUGAUUCAACUUUUGGAGUGGCAUGCUCGAUCUUAACUUAUAAAAUAUUACGGUGGGAAUAUGAAGGGGAAUCAUAGACUGAUCAGCAGUUAUAUAACUACAUACUAUUAAUGUCAAAUCUGAUUGAGUACAUUGAAUGGCUAUCUAUAAAGAAUAAUGUGACUAAAAACUGGGGAAGCGAUACUAGUAAACUUCAAAACUCAUAUGAUAAUAUGAGAGCUGCUAUGGAAAUAUUCUACAGCGUAAAAUAGAAUACAUUGAUUUAAAUAAGUUAAUUGAACCCUGUAAAAUCUUUCACAACUAGAAUGGUCAGCUACAAAUAAUAACUUAUGAAUAAAGAUACAUUACAAACAGUUGCUGCAUAUGAAUCAGCUAAAAGAUCUUCGAGAACUAUGAUAAAAAUAUCUCCUAAUAAUUUUGAAGAUGCGAAUGUAUACGUAGAAAAUGACUUUAUUCUUGAAACUAUAGAGUAUGCCUUCAAUCCUUUUGAAAUAAUCAACAAAUAAAACACAGCAACAAAUAUAUUCGAAGUCAGCAUGUUCAAUUAUACUACCAAAGAAAAAGCAGAUGUCUAUGGACUCGAAAAUGGCUUCGAAUUUUACUUUCCAUACUUAGAUAACAGUAAUCUGACUGAAUUUAUGAGUAAAUACAAUUCUUUAAGUCCAUUCAAGGCAGCACAGAACUUGCAAAGGUAAAAGCUUCUCAAUGCAAGUUAAAUGGCCUGCUCUUAUUGGAAUAGCAGUGCGUGGGAUACUUAGGGAUGCACUUUUAUGGGUUUGGAUAACACUCAUGUGAGAUGUAAGUGCAAUCACCUUACUUCCUUUUCUCCUCAGUUUAAAACUCCUGUACUGAGUAAUUAAUAAGAAGUUGUAAAUCAAUCUGAUGCUUAUCAAGUAGCUACAGAUUAUGAUUAUGGGGAUAUUACAGUUGGUGAAUUAAUAGUCCCGAUGGAUAUUUAUAUGAAAAAUCUUUAGGAGUUACUAUAGCAUAAAUAACCUCAGCCAAUUGACUUUUUAUUCAAGCCUGGCCUCUAUGUCGUUCUUAUUUUCUGGUUAAUGUAUUUAUCAAGCUUAGUAUACUAUUCGGGAAGAGAUAAUAUGCGGCGAUAUAAGAUGACUAAAUCUCAAAAUAGAGAUGAUCUUGCUGAGAUAUCCGAUAAAAAAAUCCAAUGCUAGGAAGAUGUAAUAAAAGAUCUAGUAAUAAAGAUUCAGCUUACUAAAUAAGCUUCUAAAUCUAGCAAGGAUGAUUCUUCAGGCCUUCUAUCAUAAAUAAAGCAAUCGCAUAGAGAUAUUAAAAAUAGUUAAUUAAAGGUAAUACAUGAGGACUCAAAUAAGCAAACAUCAGUUGAUGAAUUUUCACCGAAUACUUGCAGAAUUAAGCAGUAUGAAGAGAUGGAUCCCCUGGAGUAGAGAUAAUACAGACGCAGAGCAAAGAAGAGAGUGUUUGGCAAGGUUAGUGAUGUGUGGGAAAGAGCUAAUAGAUUCUAUAAGAAAUCAAACAAAGGACAUGCAGACAAAAAUGAUAAGAAAAUGAAAUUCUUUAAUGAAGCUCUAAAAGCCAGUUUGUGGAUGGGUUUAAUGUCAAAGACUAGUAAAAUAGCCCCCAGACAUAUAAGGCUCACACUUAUGUAUCUCUACCUGUCUUGUCAUCUUUUAAUAACUAGUUACGGAUAAAUGUUCGGAUACUAUUCUCAAUUUGAGUAGAUUAUAGGAGAAUCAAUGUUUGCCAUGCUCGGUUCUACAGUGAUUACUCUGAUUAUUCCUUGGAUUAUUUGUUUUCCAGUAGCUUUGAUAUUUAGAAUGCCCCUCCAUCUAAGGAAACAAGUCGAAGGUGUCCGAUCUCGGAAAGUGAACAUUGCUUUUAAAGAAAUCGACAAGUAAAUGGGAUGUAGAUAUGCUGUUGGUUAUUUUAUCAGUUAUUUUUUCUAUAUUGUAAUGACUCUGGUUGUGAUAUUCUUUAACUACAUAUAUCCAGCAGACUAUUGCCUGUCUUGGCUGUUCCAGCUAGUAGUUCUUUACUUUUUAGACCUAAUUUUUUUCACCUUUGCUUUUGCAGGAUUUUAACUUAUUAAUUCGCUUUUGGCUUCUAAAGUGAAAUUCUUUUACAAAGUAUGGGCCUUCUUUGAAGUAAUCAGAUACUAUAAAAAUCUAAGAGGGUGA